CUAAAUUUCUGAUUCCCUAUCAAGUCAUUUGCUGUCAGCAUAUUAUCACUGAGGCAUAAUAAAAAGAUGUCAGACAGAGGCUUUCCACCAGUUCCAGAACGUGAUCUGAAAAAUCUUAGUUUGGAUACGAGAGCUGUUUCGGCUAGACCCCGGAAACACAUUGGAAAAGAGACGACCCCAUUAGUUCCUCCAAUAUGUCAUGCCUCAACGUAUCGUAUUGAAAAAAUUGACGAUUUUCUUGAUGUCAUAACAGAGGGAGGCCAGAUCUAUUCACGACUUGGUAAUUUUACAACUGAAGCUGUAGAAUGUGCAAUUAAUGCUUUAGAAGAAGGGGCAGGAAGUUUGGUAUUUGGCAGUGGAAUGGCGGCUAUCUCAACUGUAUUCAUUUGCCACUUGAACUCUGGUGAUCACGUAAUCUAUCAGAAUCCAAUGUACAGUAAUACAGUGACUUUAUUAUAUGACUUUAAAGAAAAGUAUGGGAUUGAACUAACAGCCAUUCCAGCAGGAUGCAACGUAGAGGAAUACCAAAAAAAUGUUAAACCAAACACAAAGAUGUUUAUUGGAGAAACACCAUGUAAUCCAAGUAUGACGAUUCUGAAUUUAGAAGAAUUUGGUAAACUGGGACAAAAACUUGGAAUUCUGACCAUGGUAGAUUCAACGUUUGGAAGUUGUUACCUUCAACAACCAAUUAAGCAUGGCGUUGAUCUUUCAGUUCAUAGUUGUACCAAGUACAUUGGUGGACAUAGUGAUUUAAUUGCUGGAUGUGUCACCACAAGAACUGUAGAACAAUGGAAAAAGCUCAAGAAAUGGCAGACAAAUUUAGGAGGAAUUUUGUCUCCACAUGAUGCCAGUUUACUUCUCAGAGGAGUUAAAACUUUACCAGUAAGGAUGGAGAGACACAGUUUGAAUGCUAUGAAAAUUGCAGAAUAUUUAGAGAAACAUCCCAAGGUUGAGUCUGUUUUUUACCCUGGUCUACCAUCACAUCCACAUCAUGAAAUAGCUAAGAAACAGAUGAAAUCAUUUGGUGGAAUGAUCAGGUGUGAUGUAAAGGGUGGUGAACAAGAGGCCAAAACAGUUGCAGAGUCGCUGAAGUUGAUUCAAUUGGCUGUUUCUCUUGGUGGAGUGGAAAGUAUAAUAGAACAACCUUACUUAAUGACACAUGGUCGUUACCUAUUUACUGAAGAAGAACAAAGGGAAUCUAAUAUUCUCCCUAAUGCAUUAAGGUUAAGUAUUGGUUUAGAAGAUGCUGAUGAUAUUAUCCAAGAUUUUAACCAAGCCUUAGAAAAAAUAACUGUGUAAUAUAAUUAAAUUUCCAUGUAAUAUAUACUGAGAUGUAAUGAAAACGUGCCACUAAUUUGACUGGAAAUGCUGGCGAGACAUAAUGCAGCUCAAAUGUGAUUUUUGGACAUUUACAGACACAAGAACAAUAGCCCACGGAGGACAUAACAACUUUACUUUGCAGUGAAAUGUAGGCACAGGGAGUAACCAUCAAAAGUCAGUAACAAUAUGGAGUCAAAAUUGGUACAAUGUAAGGCUGUCUGGCACAGUGCUGUCACCAACAAACAGUGUCAGCAAUCGGCGCCGUGUGGACUCCUCACAGUAGUAUACAUUUCUGUCCAGGCUUUGUCAGAUCUUUAGUUGACCAUGUCUGCUGGCAACUAUUGGCCAGUCUUAUGAUGGUACAUGUAGUUUGAUGGCAUUCAAACCUUUAGGUAACAGAACUUGAUUUAAGUGUUCAGGUGUCACAAAACUGUACUGACCAUAGCUUUUUAAAACCACAUUUUAUACAGCACCCAUCCAUAGAAGUGAUGCAUUUUUAUUGUGUCUCUGUAUAUUUACAUGCUAAAAGUAAACCCAAAACCAUGUAUAUCGUCAUACGCAUUUUAUAUUUAUAUAAUUUUUUCAAAUGUAUAUUAGGACUGAAAAGGUACUUAAAUUAGGCACAGAUGUUGGGCUAUGAGCACACGUCUGCACAUGUAUAAUCAGCUUCAGUCCAUUAAACAAAGGCUACUUUCUAAUGUCAAACCACUCAACAUAUAUUAUUGAUCAGCAUCAAUUAUCUUGCUUAAACUAAUUUCCCAUGAACAACCAUUGUUUAACAUACACUAAAUAUAUAUGUUUUAUAGUUAUUUCACACUCAACAUGUACUUGAGUACUGUAACAUAAUCUAUUUACUGUGUGAAGCUUUACAAAUACAUUUGUUAUGGCUAAAACUAGAGAAACUUUAAUAAAGUACUAAUUUUAAAAAAUUUCAAAAACACAUAAUUAUUUUGAUGUAAAAUGAGACAUAGUAAAAUAAAGAUAUACAAAAUGAG